GUUGAUUUUUGAAGUUCUUAUACAAGGAGGAUUCCAUUUAAUCCCUAGGGGACAGACGAUGUGGACUCUAGCCGAAUGCCCGAACCAAGCCCCGGCCUGGGCUAUCUCUGUUGUAUUUGCAGCUGCUAAAUCCGGUCCAGCCCAUGAUCACCCAUUCACCCUUCCCUUCGGCGGUUUUUGGAGUUUUCCGUUAAUUUAUUAAAAAUAAAAUAAAAACAUUUAUGUUCUAAGCGCUCGUUAUUUCAUCGGUGCAAAAUUUUAGCUUUUUUUCUGCAAGCAUUCGUAGCUUCCGGCGUGUGGUUUAGGGUUUGGGCGGCUUAUUCAACCGUCGAGGAAUCGUUUGAAGCCUUUUAAGCUAAAGAAAUUAGCGUUUCUAGAUAUUAUCUGUUUGAUCGGUUAAGCUUACAUAAGAUCUUAUUCAUUCCAACGGUGCUCCCUCAGUUUUAAUGGCCGGGUCUGCUGGAAAUUUAAGCUUGGGCGGUCGAACCAAUGUUCGUAUCGUCGUUGUCGGAGAUCCCGGUACCGGGAAAUCGAGCUUGAUUGUGACAGCUGCAGCUGAGGCGUUUCCCAGCAAUGUUCCACCAGUAUUGCCGCCAACGCGGUUGCCGGCAGAUUUCUAUCCUGAUCGCGUGCCGCUUACAAUCAUCGAUACAUCAUCAAGCUAUAACAGUAUAGGUAAGCUGUUUGAAGAAUUGAAGCAUGCUGAUGCUGUGGUACUGACUUAUGCAUGCGAUCGGCCUGAAACACUCGAUCGAUUGAGCACAUUCUGGCUCCCAGAACUGCGUCGUCUUGAGGUAAAGGUUCCGGUGAUUGUGGUUGGUUGCAAGCUGGAUCUGAGAGACGAUAAUCAGCAGGUUAGCCUGGAGCAGGUGAUGUCCCCUAUCAUGCAACAGUUUCGGGAAAUUGAGACCUGUAUAGAAUGUUCUGCGGUUAACCAAAUUCAGGUACCUGAGGUUUUCUACUAUGCUCAGAAAGCAGUGCUUCAUCCCACAGCCCCACUAUUUGAUCAAGAAACGCAGACCCUAAAGCCUCGGUGUGUCAGGGCUUUGAAACGCAUAUUUAUUUUAUGUGAUCAUGACAGGGAUGGUGCUCUGAGUGACGCAGAGUUGAAUGAUUUUCAGGUGAAAUGCUUUAAUGCUCCUCUGCAACCAUCUGAAAUUGUGGGUGUUAAGAGGGUUGUUCAAGAGAAGCUGCCAGAAGGGGUGAACAGCCGUGGUCUUACCUUGACUGGUUUCCUUUUUCUCCAUGCACUUUUCAUAGAAAAAGGGCGCCUUGAGACAACAUGGACUGUUCUGAGGAAAUUUGGAUAUGAUAAUGAUAUUAAACUAAGGGAUGAUCUAUUUCCUGUUUCAUUCAAACGAGCUCCUGAUCAGAGUGUAGAACUGACAAUUGAAGCUGUGGAGUUUCUGAAGGGGAUCUUUAACUUGUUCGAUAUUGAUGGUGAUGGGGCCUUGCGACCUGCUGAGCUUGAUGAUCUCUUUUCAACUUCACCUGAAAGUCCUUGGGGAGAAGCUCCAUAUAAGGAUGCUGCAGAGAAGACUGCACUAGAUGGGUUAUCACUUGAUGGAUUUCUGUCUGAGUGGGCCCUUAUGACACUACUGGAUCCAGCUUGUACUCUUGCUAAUUUAAUAUACAUUGGAUAUGUUGGCGAUCCUGCUUCAGCACUUCGUAUAACUAGGCGGAGACGGUUGGACCGGAAGAAACAGCAAUCAGAAAGAAGUGUGUUCCAGUGCUUUGUCUUUGGGCCUAAAAAUGCUGGGAAAUCUGCAUUGUUAAAUUCAUUUCUUGGAAGGCCAUUCUCUGAAAACUAUUCUCCAACAAUUAGUGACCGCUAUACUGUGAAUGUUGUUGAUCAGCUUGGGGGAGGAAAAAAGACCCUGAUAUUGCGGGAAAUUCCAGAAGAUGGAGUCAAAACUCUGCUGUCUAAUAAAGAGUCUCUGGCAGCAUGUGACAUAGCGAUAUUUGUCCAUGACAGUUCUGAUGAAAGUUCUUGGAGGAAAGCAACUGAAUUGCUUUUAGAAGUUGCUAGUCAUGGAGAGGACAGUGGCUUUGAGGUGCCUUGCCUCAUUGUUGCAGCUAAGGAUGAUCUUGAUCCAUACCCACUGGCUAUACAAGAUUCCACGAGGGUUAGUCAAGACAUGGGAAUAGAUGCACCCAUCCCUGUGAGCAUGAAGUUAGGAGAUUUCAAUAGUAUAUUUCGUAGGAUUAUAAGUGCAGCAGAACACCCUAAUUUGAGCAUUCCUGAGACUGAAGCUGGUAGAAACCGCAAGCAUUAUCAUCAACUUGUUAACCGUUCUCUGAUGUUUGUUUCAGUUGGGGCCGCAGUCGCUAUUGUAGGACUCGCUGCUUAUCGUGUCUAUGCUGCAAGGAAGAGCGCUUCUGGUUAAGGAUGGAGCCUGUUAGCUGCUGAUGACUGAUGUUGCAGCACCACAUUUACUUUGCUGGUCUUGCAUUUAGAUCACCACCGCUUCAUUCGUCUUGUUUGGAGUUCAUGGCAUGUUAAUGUACAGGGUUCUUGCAAUUUUCAUCCUGGCAGGAGAUGCCAGUUUUCCUGGUAUUUAAUAUUUAUUAAAUUUUCCCCUCUUCGUAUUUUCCUUCUAUUUUAAAGCUUCUCCUUGUUUUUGUUCUAGGGGAGCUUCUUGAUUAUCAAAUGGUUCAUUUUUAAAUCAAUCGCAUCAUUACAAAUGGAUAACCACCCAUCUUUUUGUCUCA